AUGGGAAGAAUCUCAUUAGCAGUAGUAUAUAAAACACAAGUUCAAGCUCAAGCUCAAGCUCAAGCUCAAGCUCAAGGGAAGACGUUCUCAUUACUCGAUUAUUUGGCUCUCUUUCCCAAAACGGGCAAAGAGUUUGCACCUUAUAACGCUUCCAAAGGUUUGCUAGAUUUUGUAGGUGUCUUGGAGGGAAAGUCUCCCACGACCGUAGAGUUCAAGAACUUCUUCACAAAUCUCAAAGGUUACAUAACGAGUUGCUUUCAACAGGCAUCACCCGGAUCAGGCAAAUCUGACCAGCUCUUCACGGCUAUUUCUGCAUUGAAGGGUUCCCUAGCCGGACGAUCAUUUGAUUCAUGGAGGUUAAUCGAGGCCUUGGUUUCAAUGGAGAAAGUUUCUACUGAGAUGAAGAAAACCACUUCAAAUGUAAUGCCUAAUCCACAAUGGGAGAGGUUGUCCGGUUCCAUGUUCGAAUGGGUCGGAAGGAUUGGUCUUUUUGUGAAGGCUGUCUCCUAG